UUUCAAUGUUCUCCACUUCACCACUCAACUCCUUCAUUUAAACUCUCUUACUUGUUCAACAUCAUGGCGAGGCCCUUCAUUCUCUCUCUUUCCAUGCUGUUCUUGGCGAGUGCAUGCUUUGCCUUUAGCUUCAGCACGUUCAACUUCAACAAGUGCCAACUCGACAGCCUCAACGCAUUGGAACCCGACCAACGUGUUGAGUCCGAAGGUGGUGUGAUCGAGACAUACAAUUCUCAACACCCUGAGCUACAAUGUGCUGGCGUCACUGUUAGCAAACACACCCUCUACCGCAAUGGCCUCCACUUGCCAUCAUACUCACCUUAUCCCAAGUUGAUCCACGUCAUCCAAGGGCAGGGUGCCUUUGGACUUGCAGUUCCAGGGUGUCCUGAGACAUUUGAGGAGCCAGCAGAAGGGUCCAGCAGAAAAGGAAGGCAGCAGCAUGUACAGGACAGUCACCAGAAGAUUCGUCAAUUCACUCAAGGUGAUGUUAUCUUGAUUCCCCCUGGAAUUCCUUACUGGACCUUCAACACUGGUGAUGAACCCCUUAUUGCUGUCAGUCUUCUUUACACCUCCAGCAUCCACAACAACCUUGAUCAAUCACCCAGGGUAUUUUACCUUGGUGGGAACCCUGAUAUAGAGAACCCAGAGACCACAAAAGAGCAGCCUCAGCAACAGAAGAGAGGUGGUGGACGCAAGCAGCAGCAAGAGGAGGAAGAAGAAGAAGCUGGCAGUGUGCUAAGUGGCUUCAGCAAACACUUUUUAGCACAGUCCUUCAACAUCGACGAGGACUUAGCCGAGAAGCUUCGGUCUCCAGAAGACGACAGAAAGCAAAUAGUGAAAGUGGAGGGAGGCCUCAGCAUUAUCAGCCCCAUGGGGCAAGAGCAGCAGCAACAAGAGGAAGAGAAAGAAGAUGAAGAUGAAGAUGAACCUCGCUCUCGAUGUGGUCGAAGCCACCAGGGAAAGCAUUCACAUGAAGAGGGGGAAGAGAAAGAGGAAGAAGAAGAAGAACCUCAUUCUCCAUGUCCACGUCGACCAAGCCAUGGAAAGCACAAGGUAGAAGAGGAGGAGGAGAAGGAAGAAGAGGGGCCAGAGCACAAGAGCCGAGAACGGAGGUGGAAGAAAAAGAUACAACCCGCCAAACCUGAAGAAGGAGGGGAAGAAAAAGAAGAAGAAGAAGAAGAAGAAGAAUAUGAGACAAAACACAGUAGAAGAAAGGAACAUGGGAACGGCAUUGAAGAAAGUAUCUGCACUGUGAAGCUUCAUGAGAGCAUUUCUCGCCCUUCACGCGCCGACUUCUACAACCCUAAAGCUGGUCGCAUCAGCACCCUAAACAGCGCCACUUUCCCAGCUCUCACCCCCUUCGGACUCAGUGCCCAAUAUGUUGUCCUUUACAAGAAUGGAAUAUAUGCUCCACACUGGAACCAGAACGCGAACAGCGUGAUCUACGUGAUUCGAGGGCAAGGAAAGGUUAGAGUGGUGAACAACACCGGUGACGCGGUGUUCGACCGAGUGCUAAAGAGGGGACAGUUGCUGGUGGUGCCACAGAACUUCGUGGUGGCGGAGCAAGCGAGUGAAGAAGGAUUUGAGUACGUGGUGUUCAAGACAAACGAAAUGGCCACCACGACCCACAUGAAGCAGGUGUUUAGGGCAAUUCCCGCAGAGGUUCUUGCCAACACUUACAACCUUCGCCAAAGUCAAGUGCGUGAGCUCAAGUACCUAGGAAACCAGGGCCCUUUGGUCAACCCGGAUUCUCAAUAGAGCAACCUUGUUAACAUGAUGUUGCAUGAGGCCAUCUUAUACGAAAUAAUUACUAAAUAAGUUUUGUAUGUCGAAUAAUAUAUAAUAAAAGUGUGGCCUUAUGUAUGUAUUAUGUACCCUUCGAGCGAGAGAGAGCCUAUGUUAAUAUCUGAGUGACGAUGUACACUGCAGAGUUUAUGAGUCUUGUUGGUUUGUACCAUACUGUACCUUUCAAUCGCCUUAAUAAAAAUGUGAGUCUACAAGUUUUGGCUUUA